AUGGAUACCACCAUUACUACCACCACCACUACCACUAACCCAACUUCAACACAAAGAAAAGAAAGUGUCAAUAAUGAAAAUAGUAUAACUGCCUCCAAAUUAUCAAAACAAAUUAUAAUAUUAUUUGAUUCAGAGAAUAGUAGUGAUAAUGCAGAGGUUGAAAAAUUAAUGAAGUCCCUUUUAGAGUCACCAGUUUCCGAUAUUUCAUUUUAUGCAUCCAUAUUUUUAAAUAACGAAGAGUUAUUCCAAAGUAUUUUAAAUAAAAUUUUAUUAGAUUCAUUCGGUCAAAAAAGUGAUAUAGUUUGUAAAUGGUUUUAUACAUGGUAUCAUUUAAAUAGUUGUUUAACCAGUAAGAAAUUUGUUUUAUCAUUUUUACCUGUAUUACUUUGGGUAUAUUUGACUAAAUGUGGCCCAAAUAAUGCAUUGGUUGGUUUAGAAUCAGUUUUAAUUUGUAUUUACAAUCAAGAGUAUAUUAAAAGAGGUUUAAAAGAAAAGGUAUUCAAUCCACCAACACUCUCAUUACCAUCCUAUAUUUAUAAAUCUGAAGAGAUCUUUCCAUCUGGUAAUUCAUCUUUAACCGAAAGUAUGCUUAAAAACCUUAACCAACAAUCGAAAUCAAUCAUUUUAGAAAAACCAUUGCCAAGAAUCGAAUCAAUUACAUCACACAAUAGAAAUAUAUUAAUUAAAACUAUUCAAAGUGUAUAUACUCAAAAUAUUUUAUCAUUAUCUAUAAUCUCAAGGGUUUUAUUUUGCGAAAUGACAACAAGAAUUUCAGCAUUGGGUUAUAAAUAUAUCGAAGAUUUUCCAGUUUGUGAAAGAAUUAUAAAAAUAGAUACAAAGAUACCUGAAAGUAAUGAACAGUCAACAUCCAAUAAUAUCAAUAACAAUAAUAAUAAUACAGGAAAUAUUGAACAUUAUAAACCAAUUACUGGAUUAACCAAUUAUUUAAUUCAUAGAAACUCAAUCGAAGAACAAAAUAACUAUACUAAAGAGCUUUCAAAGAAAAGAGUUUUCUUAUCUGAAACCAUUUAUCAGGAUUUAAUUACAGCAUUAACUUUAUGUGCCUUCCAAGAAACCACCAGAGAAUGUGCUAAAAUUUCAAUCAAUUCAAUAAAUAAGCGUGCAAGUUUUGAUUUAAUAGCCGAAAUUAUGUUAUCAACAAACUCACUUUUACAUAUUUUAAAUCAAAAGAAAGAAAACUAA